AUGGACAAAGCGGGAGCAUUGACAAUUCAAGCCUUUCUUCUUCUUGGCACUGCCCUGAUUUCCAUUGGCGGACGAUUAUACGUACGGUGCCGGCGAUCAGGAGUGAAGAACCUCGGCCUUGACGACGGGCUUGCCGUUGCAGGAAUGAUCCUGUUUGUGCCCAAUGUGGUAUUAUCACACCUUUUGAGCACGCAGACACAGUGGAUGGGCAAUCGCUCCGUCAUAAACGGUCAAGCCGAGAUACAGACGAGCGGCGUUGAAUACUACUUGAGGCCGCUGUCACGCUUUUGGCAAGCAUACCCAGACUCUGGGCAGCACUGCCAGCCCGCUACCUCGCCGGUGCUAGUAUGGGUGUAUCUUGGCUUCGACAUCAUCACGAAUUUCUACCUGGCAUUUGCAGCUAUAUCUGUCGCUGCUAGGGAAGGCAAGCCCAGGAGGGACAAGCUUCAGUGGCUCGCAGCGCUGAUGUGCGGUCUGUUUGCCAUGGGCGCCGCAGUUGCACGGGCUGUCAUUCUGUCAUUGUACCACAACCUCGACGCAGAACAUGAUGCGGAGACUUUGGCGGUUUGGCAGAUCUUCACGUUUGUUGCGGCCGCUGGGCUUACAGAGGCCUCCUACCAAGAUUACUCUCUUAUGAGAAAUGCCGAUGAUGCUUGCUUUAAAGGCUAUCCCUACUCGAGCGGUUUCUCCUCCAGACGACCCAGCCUCACCGAGUCGGGAGCGACCAUUAUUGCCACGCCUGGGCUGGGAGAACUUCACGAGAAACCGGCAGAUCUGUCAGUCGAAGAGUUUCUGGUCGAUGGGCGUCGUAACUCGGGUAUCCAGCGUAAAGUGGAAAUUUCGGUAUUCCAGGAGAGCUUUACUGUAGCUCCAGAGGAGCCGUGCGACAUCUGCGGAAACUACACAAAAAGCUGGGCCCACGACGAGGACGCAAACAAACCCGAGCAGCGAAGCACCUAUUUUGGAGGCAACAUUCAUUUCCAUGUGCCAAACUAUGGCAUCAUCUACAAAGAACGGACAUAA